AUGUUGGAGAUCCCGGCCGUGGAGAGCGGAAACGGGCUGGGAUCCCCUCCCUGCUCCUGCCGCCCUGACGACCUGCACGUGGUGGAGGAUCUGGAGUUGCCCAGCGGGGACCCCCAGUACCUGCAGGAGCUGGCCCGGCACCGGCACUGGGGACACUCCGUGCUCAUCGUGGACGUGAAGGAAUUCCCAGAAAACAUCCGCUCUGCAGCCCAGGAGCUCAAAACCAUCACCCUCAUCCCUGCCCUGGGGCUGAACGUUCACAGCCUGCUGAAGCACCAGACCCUGCUGCUCACCCUGGACACGGUGACCUUCCUGGAGCAGCGCCUGCUGUGGCACAACCGCCGCUUCUCCCCCCUCUACUCCUUCUCCAAACCCUACAGGGACUUCCCUGAGCCCCCCCUGGGGGGCUGAGACCCCCCUGGGUGGGUUAAACCCCCCCCCAGAAUGGGAUUUAUCCCCCCUAACCCCCCC